UACGCGAGAGGUUUAAGCAGCUCAAGAAGAAGUGAGAAAUCAGCAAACAGUAUGCUGAUCCUUUUUCCUUUUCAGGAUCAGCCCGGGAACGGUUGGAGGAGCGGGUCCCUAACAGUGGGGAUGGAGCCAGGGUCCCUGGUACGCGCCAUCUUCGAGUUCUGCCCCAGCGUCUCUGAGGAGCUGCCCAUCUUCGGGGGAGAUGUCAUCGAGGUGCUGAGCGUGGUCGACGAGUUCUGGCUGUUGGGGAAGAAAGAUGGGGUCACGGGGCAAUUCCCCAGCAGUUUCGUGGAGCCUGUCUGCGUCCCCAACACCAAGCCGGGUGAGAGGUUGUGCGUUUGUACCGACGACUUCCGCGCCUCAGCCUCCUCUGACCUGCCCCUCAAGCGCGGUGACGUUGUGGUGGUGGAGGACACCCUGGAUGGGAACUGGCUCCGAGGACGCACCUCCUGGGGCUCGUUGGGAGCCUUCCCCGCCUCCUGCAUCCGAGAGCUGUCCCUGUCCUGCCGGGCCCGCGAGCUCUCCCUCAAGGCGCUGGGCGAGCUGCCGGCUUAUGGCCUGGGGCGGGCCCGGGCCCUGAUGGGGCUGUCCGCCCAGCUGCCCGAGGAGCUGGACUUCACCGAGGGAGACGUCAUCACCAUCGUGGGGCUGCCAGAGCCCGGCUGGUUCGAGGGGGAGCUGGAGGGCAGGAGGGGCGUCUUCCCAGAGGGAUUCGUGGAGCUGCUGGGGCCUUUGCAGUCGCCCAAGACUGGGGCCAGAGGCUACGAGGGGGAGGGGGAAGAGGAGGAGGAAGAGGAGGAGGAGGAGGUCCCAGUUGAGGAGGAAGAGGAGGAGGUCCCAGUUGAGGAGGAGGUUGUCGAGGACCCUGAAGAACCCACAAGGCCGGGUCUCUAUGGCGUUGCCAUGUACGACUUCCAAGCUCUUGAGGCGGACGAGCUGGACUUUUCCAAAGGGGAUCGGAUCCGGAUCACGGGGACCCUGGAGGAUGGCUGGCUGCAGGGAACGCUGGCUGGCCGGACUGGGAUCUUCCCUGUCCGGUUCGUCAGGCUGCAGGGGGCCGGCGGGGAGCACCCUGGCCUGGAGCUGAGGGAGAGGGCAGGGUUGGCAGCGGCGGGCUCGGCCACUGGCUGCCCACCGUCCCCUGGGCAGCAGGAUCCCGCGGACCUGCGACCGGGCCAGACCUGCUCGGCCGCUGUCCCGGGGUUGGAUGGGACCCCCUGUCUCCCGUCCCUGCCGGCGGUAGCUGCCCCAGCAGAGGAGGGGCAGGGCUGCUGGGGUGAGUUGGGAUCGGAGGAGUGGGCUUCUCAGGGUCAUCAGGGGUCGGAGGGGUGGGUCUCCGGGUGUCGGCAGGGGUCAGAGGGGUGGGACUCCCAAGGUCAGCAAGGGUUAGAGGGGAGGGGCUCGUGGAGUCAGCAGGGGUCAGAAGGGUGGGGUUCCAAGGGUCAGCAGGGGUCAGAGGUGAGGAAGAGAAGCUGCUCGGCACUCCCGGAGUCCGCCAGCACGAUGGCACAGAGCAACGGGUGGGUCCCGGUGCAUCCUGCCGACGGCAAAGCCCCUUCCCCCAGGGGGGGACCUGGACACCAAGUGGUCCGAGCAGAUCGAAGAGUUUGGCCGCAGUAUUCCGGCCACCAGGUCAGAGGUCAUCCAGCCGGUCCGCCGACACUUCUCCAUCUCGGACUUUAUGAGCCCACCCACCCCAGGUGUCCCCCUCGGGUGCCGGACACGUCCGGCUCUCCCCUGGAGGCGGAAGGCGAUUCGGGGCCAGCUGCGCCCGGCUGGGGCCCCUCCCCUCGCUCGCUGCACUUUCGGAUGCAGGAGACGGACUGGGACCCGGAGGUGCAGACCCAUGACUCCCCAAGGACCACGUCCCAGGAAAUCCUGCCUUCUGGAACCACGGAAAACCUGGAAUUCUAUUCCUAUAACAUCAGGACACUGGAAGGAGAGUUCCAAACUCUGAAAGACAUGACGCUGCUGUCGACUGACCACAGCUCCCUCGAGGCACCACCAGUCUCAGCAACGGCGGAGAAACCUGAACACAAGAUGAUGGAGAAGAGGGCAAAGGUGAUCGAGGAGCUGCUGCAGACCGAAGCCGACUACAUUAAGGACCUGGAGAUGUGUGUGGAGAAAGUGCUCGUCCCACUGCAAGCCAAACGGCUACAGCAGGUAGAUUGCGAAGCUCUCUUCGGGAACAUCCAGACCGUCAUCGAGGUCUCCAGGCGCCUGCACGAGGAGCUGGAGGAAACGGACAGCAUAGGUCAGGUGUUUCUGUCCUACAGGAAUGAGCUGCAGGACAUGUAUAAUGUUUACUGUCAAAACCACGAGGAAGCCAUCGCCCUCUUGGAGACGUACGAGAAGGACAAAGAGAUUCAGGGGCAUGUCAACGCUUGUCUGGAUCACCUCCGAGCAAUCUAUCGCCAGUGGGGUAAAACUAACUACAUCAACCUGGGCUCAUUCCUCAUCAAGCCAGUUCAGAGGGUGAUGAGGUACCCACUGCUGCUUUCAGAGUUGUUGAACACCACUCCGGAGAGACACCACGACAAGAAGCCACUGGAGGAGGCUGUGCUCGCAGUGAAGGAACUCAAUGCCAACAUUAACGAGUACAAACGGCGGAAGGACUUGGUUCUGAAGUACCGUAAGGGUGAUGAGGACUCACUGAUGGACAAGAUCUCCAAAUUAAGCAUGCACUCCAUCAUAAAGAAGUCAAACCGAGUGAGCAGCCACCUCAAGCAUCUCACCGGCUUAGCUCCCCAGAUUAGAAAUGAGGCAUUUGAGGAGGUGGAACGAAGGUUCCGGGAGCAAGAGCGGCUGAUCAAGAACUUCAUCCGAGACCUGUCCCUGUAUCUGCAGCACCUACGGGACUCGGCAUCAGUGAAGGUUCUGGCUGCGAUGAGUAUUCUGGACAUGUACGGAGAGAAGAGCCACACCAAUCUGGAGCACUAUCAGCAGGCUCAUCGCCUCAUCAGUGACAGCCUCUUCAACGACUUUAAAGAGCGGACGGAGAGACUCGUCAUCGAUCCGUUGACCCAGCUGUUGGGGAUGUGCGCAGGGCCCCACAAGCUGAUGAUCAAACGCUUCGACAAGCUGCUGGAUUACCACAACUGCAAGGAGCGUGCCGAGAAGCUGAAGGACAAGAGGACCCUGGAGGAACUGCAGGCGGCCAAAAACAACUACGAGGCUCUGAACGCCCAGCUGCUGGACGACAUGCCCAGGUUUCACAAGAGCACCGAGGAACUCUUCAUCAGCUGCGUGCAAGGCUUUGCUGAGGCUCACCGGGAUUUCGUGGGGAAGACGCUGGAAGGACUUCUGCCUCUGUCGCAGCUGAUUUCGGUGGUGAGUAAGGACACCACCAUUGUGGCCUCAUUCCAGGAGCAGCACAAUAAGGCCAUGCAACUACUGCAAGUCUUCAGCUUCUUCCCGGACACACUGCCUUCCUCCAGAAAGCCAUUCGAACGCAAGACCACGGAACGGCAGUCUUCCAGGUGGCAAAUGUCAGCAAUGCCAAUGGCCACCUUUCAGACGGCGGAACAGCGGGCAAACUUGUUGGCAAAGUACGAGCCGGAGAAACUGUACCAAGCCGACCGGAACUUCAAUGCUGCUCAGGAGCUGGAUGUCUCCCUCCUGGAAGGAGACCUGAUUGGAGUCAUUAAACAGCAAGAUCCCAUGGGCAGCCAGAACCGCUGGCUGGUGGACAAUGGAGUGAUGAAGGGUUUUGUCUACAGUUCCUUCCUGAAGCCCUACAACUCCCGCUGCAGCCACUCUGACAUCUCGGUGGGAAGCCAGUCGUCCAACGAGUCGGGUUACGGUGGCUCCUCCCCGGUGAUCUCCCGGCAGAACAGCACCUCGGUGCUGGCGGUCAACCACUCCAGCGGCACUGUCUCGUACUCCUCCCCCCCGCCUCGCCAGACCGCCUCCCCGCCCCGCGCCGACCCCUCGCCACGGCAGCCCGCCCCGACGCAGCGCUCCUACACCUUCGAGGCCUCGUCGGCACCGAGCUGCGAACAGCCCAGAGACUCCCACCCGGCGGGACAGCCAAGACGCUCCAGCCAGAUGGAAUACUCGCUGCCGCGGAAGAACCGAGAGUGCAGACAAGUUCUGCGCCGGGCAUCAUCACAGGAGGGGUAUCUAGAGAGCAACAACUUUGAUCCUGGGCAGCAGGUCUACUACGCGGGUCUACGACUUCAGGGCCCGGUGCGCGAACGAGCCUCUCCAUCGCCACUAACCAGCGGCUGCAGAUCCAUCCGCUUCCAUGACAUGAGCGGAAACCCGGACUGGUGGCUGGCAGAAGCCAACGGGAGGCGGGGCUACGUUCCUGCUACCUACAUCAGGAAAACGGAAUACACGUGAGGGUAGGAAACAGGCCAAGGGAGAGGUUUGAAUGGAACGGCGGCAGACGUCCCCUUGUGCUUAAUGAUAACUGGACAGAAGUGGAGACCAGGGCCUCUCGAUGGAACCAGUGUCUCCUUUCUUCUGGAAUGGGAUUGAGACAAAGGCUGGAACUAAUCUCGGCUCAAACAGUUUCUUAUCGUACAAAAGCAUCCGGUAAUGUAUGCCAUCUCACGUUUAAAGAACUUUAAGUCACUUGCCGAUCUGGUCUUUCCCCUCGGCCUCUUGUUUCCACGACAACCAUUUUGAAGUUAGGAUUUCACGACGAACAAGGCUACCUAAUUGUGCAUCAGCACAGCGCUGGGGCAACCUAUUGGCGGGAAAAGGCUACUGAAUUAUGGGAUGGCAGGAUCCCACGGUGAAGGGGCCACGGAUAUGUUUCCAAAGCCAAUGAGGACGUAGUAUGAAAAACUAAUUGGCCUCUCCAAGAGCAGUUACAGUUUUGUAUAAAUGCCAGCAUUUUAAGCUUGAUGUAUCCUUAUUGAAUUUUCAAUGGUGUUUUACACUACACAUGGCCGAGUUUUAUAAUUUACUCAAUUUGAGUAUUUUGGUUGGACUGGUUAAGCUACAGGCCUGGACACAACACACAAAACGCUGGAGGAACUCAGCAGAUCAGGCAGCGUCUAUGGAGGGAAUAUGGACCCGUUGAUGUUUCGGGUCGAGACCCUUCAUCCAGACUGAGGAGCAGAGGUCACAGAGGGGGAGCAGUGAGAAAUUGUCUCACAGAACUCCCGUCAGACAGAGGAGGAAAACUUCUUCAAAGUGGGCAAAACCUUGAAGAGACUUUGCAGAUACAAGAUGCUGGAAACUAGAGCAUCACGUGAGAUGCUGGAGGAACUCAGCGGUUCAGGCAGCAUCUGUGGAGGGAAACGGACUGUCCAGAUAAAAGCAUCUCAA